CCUAGCUGUUUCCCUUUCCAUUCCAAGAAACUUCUCCUUUCCAUUAGUAUAAUUAUCCCAUCAAUUUCCAUUCUGUAAAUUAGCUACCUUGUGUGCGGAUAAAGCUACGAACUCUGAUAGAUAUCUCUAACCCUCACUCAUCUCUUUCUCUCCAUCUCUCUCUCUGAGAUCCGAUUUUGAGAUCGAAAAUGGCCGCUAAACGCUUUUUAACUGAUUCAGAAUCCGACCAAGAUCAGCCCAGUGAAAACAACCGGAAGAGACCAAGACUUUCCUUCGCUUCUGUGAUUGGAGAAGUGGUUAUGGUCAACUCCAUGCAAAACCUUUUCUCAUCCUUGGAGCCUUUGCUUAGAAGAGUGGUGAGUGAAGAGGUUGAUCAAGUUCUAAGGCGGUGCUCUCGCUCUUUAACAAGGUCGCCUUCACUGAGAAUCCAAGCGCUCGAGCCAUCGAGCUUAUAUCUAGUCUUUGCCAAGAGCCUCUCUCUCCCAAUUUUCACUGCAAGCAAGAUAUCAGAUGAAGACAACAACCAAAUGCAAAUCCUUGUUGUGGACAAGAACAUGAUCAGUGGCAGCCACCAAAUGGGUCCAAUCUCUCUUCCACAUCCGGUCAAAGUAGAAAUCGUUGUUCUGGACGGUGACUUCCCUAGUGGAGAUCGGGAGAAUUGGACGAGUCAGGAAUUCAACAACAAUGUUUUGAAGGAGAGAGCCGGCAAGAGGCCGUUGCUCACCGGAGACGUGAAUGUUACGGUGAGAGAUGGGUUUGUGACGAUCGGGGACAUUGAGUUUACAGACAAUUCGAGUUGGAUCCGGAGCAGGAAGUUUAGGCUUGGUGCAAGGGUGGCUCCUGGGAUGGGGUAUCAGGGUCCGAGGAUUCGGGAAGCCAUGACUGAUGCUUUCGUUGUCAAAGAUCAUCGUGGAGAGUUGUACAAGAAGCAUCAUCCACCAAUGUUGGAAGACGAAGUUUGGCGGCUGGAGAAGAUUGGGAAAGAUGGAGCUUUUCACAAAAAGCUAGCUGCGGACAACAUUCAUACAGUUCAAGAUUUCUUGAAGAUGUUUGUCGUCGACCGAUCGAAGCUUAAAAAGAUAUUAGGGAUUGGAAUGUCAGAAAAGAUGUGGGAAGUAACAGUGAAGCAUGCAAGAACAUGCGUGAUGGGUAACAAAAUGUACAUUUUCCGGGGUCCUCAUUUCGAGCUUCUCUUAUCUCCAAUAUGUCAAGUGAUGAAGGCUGUGAUCAAUGGCCAGACUUUUCCUGCUCGGGACCUAAGCAACUACAAUAGGAACUAUAUUGAGAACUUGGUAAGGCAAGCGCAUGCAAACUGGAAUUCCUUGGAGGCGGUUGAUACAAUGUUGAAUGAGACUGCCUUACUUACACAAGGUCAUGUAGAGGAUCAGCACUAUCCUCAGGCAAUGAUGGUAAGAGCAUUGGAUCAUCAAGUGAUCAAUAAUGGGCAGCAGCAACAGCAACAGCAGCAGCAGCUAGCGGAUAUUAAGUGUAUCAAUAAUGUUGGAGCUGCUGGUUAUCCACAGAGCAACACCAUGAUGGCGUUUGAGUGCAGUGAUAAUUGGCAGAUCAGUUCACCAUACUCGUCGUUCAGCCCAUUGAUGGAUAAUGGUGUCAUCAAGUGUAGCACCUCAGCAGACUCAUCAUCUUCAGAUGGGGAUUUAGGAUCUCAGGGUCUCUAAUCAAUGCCAUCUGAAUUAGAUUCCUCACUAUCUGCAUCUAUAUAAUUUCGUUGUACAUAUAUACACAUAUAUGGAGCCGCUUAUAGUGUAAUAUAUAGGCCACCAUGGUGAUGCAUGUAUCAGGAAAAUUAGUAUUCUUUUUCCUUAUUCUCUUUAUAAGGUAGCCCUCGUAAAAAUAUAUAGUUGUAAAUUAUGGGCCAACAGAAUUUCAAAUGCUUAGUGAUG